AUGGAGGAGCUCGAGUUCACGGUGCGCCGCGGCGACGACGGCGGCCUCGGCAUCCGCGUCUCCGCCCAAAAUACCUGCCUCGAGAUCAUCUCUCCUCCCGGCGGCGGCGGCGAGCACCCGAUCCAAGUCGGCGACGAGAUCAUCUCUAUCGACGGCCACCUCCUGCAGGGUGUGCGGCUGCGCGAGAAGCUGCGCGAGAUUGGCUCCAAGCGCGCCCACGACUUUCGCGAGCAGGCAGCGCACCCGCCCGACAGACUCGCGAAGCAACGAGGUUCGCCGGCGCAGGCGAGGCCGCCGCGCAGAAGCCGCGACUCGGCCGGCGAGAUUCUCUCGACCGAAGCGGCGGCGAGGGCGGCGGAGGGGAAGAGCCCGGCGGAGGUGGUGCUGGGCGACGACGACGACAACGACACCCUGCGUGCAAAGGUGCUCCUUCUCAAGGACCAGCUCCGCCUCUCCCAGGCUGCGCUGGACAAGCUCCGCCGCGCGUCGGAGAUGAAGCGGCGCGAGGAGGCGCAGCGGUACGAGGAUGACGUGGAGGCGCUGCUGGACGCGGCGGAGGAGCAGCACGCUCUCAAGCUCGCGAUUGCAGUGCAGACGGCGCGCGAGGUUGAGGCGCAGGAGCAGAAGCAGCGGCGGGAGGCCGAGGCCGCAGCCAAGGCUGGAGAGCUCAAAGCGUUGAAAGAGCACAUGCAGAUGGCGGUGGAGGAGGCGGUGGCGAGGGCGAGGCACGAAGGCGACGCUAUAGAGCCCUCGAGGGGCACAUGCGCCACGGAUGCGCUUAGUCGCGCAGAGGCGAUGUCGCGCGACAGGCUGCACGCUGCGGUGGCGGAGGCGGACCGGCUGCGCGAUGCGUUGGCGGAGGCGGACCGGUCAGGCGAGCCGCGGACGUCGCGCUGGCCCUGGUUAAGCAAGCAGCGGAUGGAGCUGGCCUUGGCGGCGGAGGCGUCGGCGGCCAAGGCGCGCGCGCGCGUGUCCGACGCGGAGGAGAAGCUGCGCCGGCAGGUGGAGGAGCUCAAGACGCUCGCAACCAAAGUGGUCGGCCUGACUGCGGAGAAGGACAACCUCUCCUCACGGCACGAGAGCACGACGGGCGACCUCGCGCCUAAUCAUACUUGA